CUAAGAGGUGGUCCACUGAAGGAGACGACAGAGAUGGACGAAAGCGGUGACAAGCAAUGGGUGCACAUCUCCUGUGCUCUUCUCAUACCGGACGUGAAGUUUGUGAACGGAAUCGACAAAAAGCCGAUCGAUUUGUCUGAAGUGAAACCUUCGCGAAGAACUGACAAAAUGGGUUGUAUUUAUUGUCGAAAAUCCAAUCCCGACAAUAAAAUGGUCGACUAUUUCGCCGGUUAUUGUGUUCAAUGCAAGUGUUUUGCAUCGUUUCACGUGACGUGUGGGCACAGGCAUGGAGUGGUGUACGCAGCGGGUGAUUGGCCCGAACCCAUCACCAUUGCCUGCAAGAAGUGUUCAAAUGUGGCCCAAAGUAACAAAAAACAAGUAUCUGAUAGAGUGUUGUCUGAAGUUGAGACCAAUGAGACGGUGAUCGCUAAACACAAGAACAAGCGGUUCUAUAGAGCGAAAGUGGUGGACAGGUUGGAGCAGACUUUCCACCAUGUCCACUUUGUCGACAACUCAUUCACUAAACAACUCAAGAGUUGCGAUAUUUUGUUAUAUAUUGCUGCCAUCAAUCAACUAACCAAAGGAGUGUCUGUAGAGCAUACUGUUCCCAAAUUGGCCAGUUGGCUCAUAAACUUUGCACAUUAG